UUUUAUGUGUUUUUCGUACUGGUCCUGGUUGGCAAACUUUUGGAAAGCAAUGUGGUCUGUGGUAUUAGGCUACAUUUUAUGCCACCCCCGUUGGCAUUCCCGUUUCCUGUGUCAAAAGUAACCGCUUGGCUAGCAACGCUGAUUUCUCUUCCAAAUAAAGCUGGCUAGCCUUUACACUUUUGUCUAUGUCGAUGGUUAGUAGAAUGCAAUGUUUUUGCAAUCCCCAAUAUACGGAAAGAGCUGUUAGCACGCUGCUUCCACGUAUCCUGAUAUUUAUUGUUACAUUUGAAAUAUAGCUACAUUGUCUUCCAACAAGUUUGCUGUCAGGACCAUCUGAAGUAGUGGGAUACGUGAACUCUAGAACUACAGUGUUGCAGUUGUGGAUUGUCGUAACUUCAGAGAAGCUUCGUCAACUGACACCACACCUUUUUGAUAUCUUGCUGGAUAGACUGUUGCUCUUUUCUCACAGAGGAGUCCAACGUACCUGUCAUUGCAUGGAAUAAUUUCACGUGAAAACGAUUUUCUAUCUCAUCGCACUGUGGAUGGUAUGGCCUUUGAAGAAACGUAACAUCUGUUAGGAAUUCUCUACCGGAAUUACAUUUCAUUGAAACUUUUUUUAAAAAGUACUUUUAACUACAACCACUAAAAUGGAUCAAGCAAGUGGAGGGGAAGACCCCAACAAGCCAUCUAAAAAGAAAUCUGGGGAGGAUGACGGCAAAAACAAAAAGCUGAACAUACACAUAAAAACACUGGCUGACGACAUGCGUGACCGGAUCACCAGCUUCCGCGGGAAAGGCGGCAAGAAGGAGAAGCCGCUGAUCCAGCACCCCACCGACCCCCUCUCGCCCCAGGCAGAGCUGCCCGUGCCACAGCCCUUCUUUGACGAGCGCUCCAUGAACCUCUCCGAGAAGGAAAUCAUCGACCUGUUUGAGAAAAUGAUGGAGGACAUGAACCUGAAUGAGCAGCACAAGGCUCCUCUGCGCGGGAAGGACCUGAGCACCAAGCGUGAGAUGGUGGUCCAGUACAUCUCCGCCACCGCCAAGUCCAUUACUGGAAGCAAAGUGGCGGGAGGCCUGAGGAACAGCAAGCACGAGUGCACCCUGUCGUCCCAGGAGUACGUUCACGAGCUGCGCUCCGCCAUCACCGACGAGAAGCUGCUCAACUGCCUGGAGUCCCUGCGCGUCUCCCUGACCAGCAACCCUGUCAGCUGGGUGAAUAACUUUGGCCAUGAAGGACUGGGUCUGCUUCUGGAUGUGCUGGAAAAGUUGCUGGACAAGAAACAACAGGAGAGUGUUGAUAAGAAGAACCAGCACAAGCUUAUCCAAUGUCUCAAGGCCUUCAUGAACAAUAAGUAUGGCUUGCAAAGGAUUCUGGGUGACGAGCGGAGUCUUCUACUUCUGGCCCGGGCCAUCGAUCCCAGGCAGACCAGCAUGAUGACCGAGAUAGUCAAGAUCCUGUCGGCCAUCUGCAUCAUAGGAGAGGAGAACAUCUUGGACAAGAUCCUGGCUGCCAUGACCAUCGCCGCGGAGCGCAAUAACAAGGAGAGAUUCGCCGCCAUCGUAGAAGGCCUGGAGAACCACGAGGCCCAGCAGCUGCAGGUGGCCUGUAUGCAGCUGAUCAACGCCUUGGUGACCUCCCCAGAUGAGCUGGACUUCAGGAUACAUCUCCGCAACGAGUUCCUGCGAUGUGGUCUCAAGAAGAUCCUGCCGGAUCUGGAGAGCAAAGAAAUGGAGGAGCUCGACAUCCAGCUGAAAGUCUUCAAUGAGAACAAAGAGGAGGACAGAGAGGAGCUGACUCACCGCCUCGACGACAUCCAUGCCGAGAUGGAUGAUAUGAAUGAGGUUUACCACCUGCUGUCCAACAUGGUGAGAGACACGGCAGCGGAGCCUUACCUGCUGUCCAUCCUGCAGCACCUGAUGCUCAUCAGGAACGAUUACUACAUCAGGCCUCAGUACUACAAGGUGAUCGAGGAGUGUGUGGCACAGGUGGUGCUGCACCGCAGCGGGGCAGACCCAGACUUCGCCUACCGGGAGCGUCUGGACGUGGAAUUCACACACCUCAUUGACCAGCUAGUGGACAAAGCAAAAGUGGACGAGAGCGAGCAGAAAGCCACAGAGUUCUCCAAGAAGUUCGAUGAGGAGUUCAGUGCUCGACAGGAAGCCCAGGCCGAACUGCAGAAGCAGGAGGAGAAAAUCAAAGGUCUGGAGUCGCAGAUCGGAACGCUGCAGGCCCAGUUAACUAGUGAGAGAGACAAGCUCAAAGAGGCUGAGAAACUCCUGAGCGAAUCUGCUGCAAAGGUCGCGGCGGGCCCGGCAGCAGGUGGUGGUGCUGCCCCUCCACCCCCUCCCCCUCCCCCGGGGUCGGCUCCCCCACCACCUCCUCCACCUCCGCCACCUCCACCCGGAGGAGGCCCUCCACCUCCUCCGCCUCCCCCUCCGCCUCCUAUGCACGCGGGCAUGCCUCCUCCGCCGCCUCCCCCUCCUCCGCCGGGUGGCGGACCCCCACCUCCUCCUCCUCCUCCCGGGGGAGGCCCACCGCCGCCGCCUCCCUUCCCAGGAGGUCCUCCGCCCCCUCCCAUGAUGAUGGCGCCCCCUGUGGUCAAGCUGCCGUACGGACUGGAGCCCAAGAAGGUGUACAAGCCCGAGAUGGCCAUGAAGAGGGUCAACUGGUCCAAGAUUGUACCUCAAGAGAUGGCGGAGAAUUGCUUCUGGAUCAAAGUGAAGGAGGAGAAGUUUGAGAACCAGGAUCUCAUGGCCCAGCUCUCCCUGACCUUCUCCUCCAAGUCCAGCAGAGUGAAAAAAGAAGUAGAUGAAACCGAUGACCGGAUGACGCAAUUCAAGAAAAAGGCCAAGGAGCUCCGAAUCCUGGACUCCAAGACAGCCCAGAACCUCUCAAUUUUCCUGGGAUCAUUUCGGCUGCCGUACGAGGAGAUUCGAGACAUUGUCCUGGAGGUGGACGAGGAGAGGCUGAGUGAAGCUUUAAUCCAGAACCUGAUUAAGAACCUGCCGGAGCAGAAGGAGUUAAGUGCUCUCGCUGAGCUGAAGGCCGAGUACGAGGAGCUGUGCGAGCCGGAACAGUUUGGCAUCGUGAUGAGCUCGGUGAAGCUGCUGCGGUCGCGCCUGAACGGCAUCCUGUUCAAGCUAACGUUCGAGGAGCAGCUGAACAACAUCCGGCCGGACAUCAUGAACGUGACGUUCGCCUGCGAGGAGGUGAAGAAGAGCGACGGCUUCAGCAAGCUGCUGGAGAUGGUGCUGCUGGUGGGGAACUACAUGAACGCCGGCUCCCGCAACGCACAGACCUUCGGCUUCAACGUUAGCUUCCUGUGCAAGCUCCGAGACACCAAGUCCACGGAUCAGAGCACCACCCUGCUACACUUCCUGGCAGAGAAGUGUGAGGAGCUGCACCCGGAGAUCCUCAAGUUUCCAGACGAGCUGGAGCAUGUGGAGAACGCCAGCAAAGUGUCUGCACAGAUUCUGAAGGCCAGUCUGGACAACAUGGAGCGCCAGAUCCAGCGGCUGGAGAAUGACAUCACCAACUUCCCCAAGAGCGACGACAAGCAGGACAAGUUCGUGGAAAAAAUGUCCGGCUUCUCCAAGCAUUCGCGCGAGCAGUACGAGAAGCUCUCCAUCAUGCACAAGAACAUGCAGAAGCUGUACGAGAGCCUGGGGAGCUACCUGGCGUUCGACCCGCACACCAUCAGCAUCGAGGACUUCUUUGGGGACCUCUCCAACUUCCGCAGCCUCUUCCUGGAGUCUGUGAAGGAGAACCAUAAGAAGCGCGAGAUGGAGGAGAAGAUCAAGCGUGCUCGGCUGGCGAAGGAGAAGGCAGAGAGGGAGAAGCAGGAGCGCCAGCAGAAGAAGAAGCAGCUGAUUGACAUGAACAAAGAAGGAGAUGAGACGGGGGUGAUGGACAGCCUAAUGGAGGCCCUGCAGUCCGGCGCCGCCUUCCGUGACCGGAGGAAACGGACCCCGAGAAACGGUGAUCAAAGCCCUUCCAGUCCAGCCUGUCGGUGGCCGGGUGCUAACCAUGAUAACCGGCGCGCUGGUCUGGAGAGGUCUCGUUCGCGCCACAAUCCCAGCCUGCUGCCCCGAUGAUCACCCUUUCCACCCGCCUGCACGCCCUCACGCCCUCACGCCAGCCCAGCCCACUCUACCCUACUCUACCCUACCGGACGCCCACAGACGCCAGCCAAGUGCCAAAGAAGCAGUGUGGAGGAGAGGAAAGGAGAGAGAGAUGGAGGGAGGGAUGAGGCAGGAAGUGGAAAGAAGUGCGCAAAACAGAGGGGUGGGGUUGAGGGUCGGUCAUGGAGGGUGACGGGGUAUGGAGGGAGCAGGAGGUCAAGGGUUUUUUGGAGGUAGACCAGGAAGGGAGGGAUGGGGAGGGGAGGGAUAGGUAGAUAGAUAGAUAGAUAGAUAGGUAGAUUGUGAAGGAGGGAUGGAUAGUUAGAAUGAGGGAGGGAGGGAAGGUGUGCUGGACACUGCGGACGUCUGAGCGUUUUGAACAGACUGUGGCCGAGCGUGUGGCCAGGGGCACGGAGAGGUCCCCGAUGAAGCGACACACACACACACCACACCACACCACACCACACGGGACUGUCACACACACAUGGACAACACAAGACAAGACACGCCCCCUUGGCACAGCCACGCCACGGGAACUACUACUACGGGAAUAAAAAAAAUAGAUGACGAGGAAAAAAAGGAACACAGAUAAGGAAUUUAUAAAAUGAAAAAAGGAAACGUUACAAAAAAAAGAAAGAAUGACAUGCACCACAAGACGUCUAACACUCACAGUGCUUUCAAAAGCCUUAUCAAUUCAUUCACGCUCUCGCUCACUUGCUUUUUAUGUGAUAAGGACUUUUGCUUCAUCUAUUUAUCUUUAUUGUUGCUUGUUUUUAUUUUAUCCUCAUAUGAUAUUAAUUGUUUUUAUCAUUCAUUACUGCACAGAUUUCCUUUUUUUAAUUUAUUUGAUUUAGUUUUUUUUUUUUUUUUCCUCGGCAGGACUUUUCUACUGUACCACUCCUGCCGUAUAAACUGCCAAUCAAUAUCCCUUACACACACACACACACACACACACACACACACACACACACACACACACACACACACACACAC